UGCAGGGACGCGCGGCUAGCUGCAGUGGAAACCCAGCUUGGGGUCUUGCAGCCCAUGUGCACCUCGCGACACCUGCUACUACAGGUGGUCUUCCUGAUAGUGCGCGAUGGCGUCCGGCCUCAACCCUCUUUCUCCCCGUCAGGGACAGUGCCCACCCUUUCGGACCAAGGGCCAGGAUCGCGAGGCGGGGCCGUUCAGCCUCCCUCAGAGUGGCCUGGAACCCCCAGGGCUGUUCCUGGGUUCUCUACGAUGCAACCUUCUGUCACGACCCCUUCGGGACCUGGGGACGGAACCGCGGACCUCUUUCCAGUCUUACCCAUCUGUACCUGUGACUUGAUUCCUCGUGCCUGCGAUAUCAAUUGCUGCUGCGACAAGGACUGCUAUCUCCUCCAUCCAAGGACAGUCUUCUCCUUCUGCCUCCCGGGCAGCGUGAGAUCUUCAAGCUGGGUGUGUGUGGACAACUCUCUUAUCUUCAGGAGUAAUUCUCCCUUUCCUUCAAGAGUUUUCAUGGAUUCAAAUGGAGUUAAGCAGUUUUGUGUUCAUGUGAACAACUCAAAAUUAAACUAUUUCCAGAAGCCCCUAAAGGUCAAUGCAACCAACUUCCAAGCCUUGGCUGCACAGUUUGGAGGUGAAUCAUGGUCUUCAACGCUCCAACCCCAGUCAUCGCUACCUUUUUACAGGGCUGGGGAUCCCAUUCUGACUUACUUCCCCAAGUGGUCUGUGUUGAGCUUGCUGAGGCAACCUGCAGGAGUUGGACCUGGAGGGCUCUGUACUGAUAGCAACCCUGCAGGUUUCCUGGAGACUAGAAGUACAACCUGUGUUCGUUUCUUUAAGGACCUAGCCAAGAGCUGUACCUUAGACCCAGCCCUCAAUGCUGCAUCUUACUAUAACUUCAUAGUUUUAAAGGUCCCAAGAGGUAGUACUGAUCAACAGGACAUGAAGGUUCCUGUUACACUCCUUGCACAGGCUGAAUCUCCUCUGUUGACUGGAAACACCUGUCAGAAUGUCGUUUCUCAGGUCAUCUAUGAGAUAAAGACCAACGGAACUUUUGGAAUCCAAAAUGUCUUUGUCAGUUUUGGACAAAUCAACCUGACUGUGGAGCCAGGCACCUCCUUAAAGCAACAUUUCAUCAUUCGCUUCAGGGCUUUUCAGCAAAGUACAGCUACUUCUCCUGCUGGUCCUAGAAGUGGGAAUCCUGGCUAUAUUGUUGGGAAGCCACUAUUGACUCUAACUGGUAAUGGAAGUCACACGAUGACCCUGUUGCAAAGCCAGGGUGAUGGAGCUUGUUCUAUUAAAAGACAUGAAGUACAAUUUGGAGUAAAUGCAGUAUCUGGAUGCAAACUUAGACUGAAAAUGAGGGACUGCGGACUCUUGCAGCAGGAAAUUUUUCAGACUCUUCACGGAAUGCCCAGACCAGAACAGGUUGCCAUCUUUGGUAAUGCUGACCCAGCCCAGAAGCAAGAGUGGACCGAGAUCCUUACUAAGAACUGCAGUGUUUCAGUUAUGCAUUGUACAUCCUGCUGUAUUGUUCCAGUGUCCCUGGAGAUUCAGAUAUUGUGGGCAUAUAUAGGCCUCCAGUCCAACCCACAGGCUCAUGUGGCAGGAGCACGAUUCCUAUACCAGUGUCAGGAUUUCCAGCAAGCACCAGAAAUAUCUUUGACAACUGCCGUGACUUUUGUGGACAUUACCCAGAAACCAGAGCCACCAAGAGGUCAACCCAGAACAGAGUGGAAAUUGCCAUUUGAUUUUUUCUUCCCCUUCAAAAUGGCAUUCAGCAGAGUAGACUCUCAAAAAGGCUCAGAUUCUCCCGUUCUUAUCCUUUGUCUCUUACUACUUGGGGUUCUCAAACUAGAGACUUAAGUAAACAAAAAAGCAGUAGCA